GUGGACCAUCUGACCUCCCAGCGGCUGGACGAGGCAUGCCCACGCGCGGACGAGUACCUAUCGCAGUUCCCCUCGCCGCUGCUCGCCCUGGCCGCCAAGCUCCUCUCCUUCGUUGCCGGCUCCUGCGCUGCGCUGCUGCUCGCCCUGGCGCUCGCGGACGAGAAGCUUCUAGAGGCACAGCUCUUUGGGCGUGGCCUGGUGUGGUACGCGGCCAUACUGGGUGCGGUGUUGGCAGCAGCACGGCCAGUGGCGCAGGCGGACAGGGCGGCGGGCAGUGUCGAUCCCAGGGGCGCGCUGCUGAGGGCCGCAACGCACACGCACUUCCUGCCUGCCAGGUGGAGGAGCAAGGCGCACACGCAGCGCGUCAGGGACGAGUUUCAGACGCUGUACCAGCUGAAGCCGCAGCUCUUCCUAGCGGACGUGCUUGCCAUCUUCAUCACGCCCUUCAUCCUCUGGUUCAUCCUUCCCCAGAGGGCGGACGCCAUUCUCUCUUUCCUACGCACCACCUCCACGUACCACGAGGGGCUGGGCCACGUGUGCUCCCACAGUGCCUUCCAGUCACAGGAGGAGCGCCAUGUCAGCAGCAGCGGGAAGAGUGCCUGGAAUGCGGAUUCCAAGGGCGAUAAUGGCGCAGGUGGCAGUGGCCAAGGGGGAGGUCGGAGCAGGGGGGGUAUGCGAAGGGGGGAGUGUGUGGAUCGGCGUGGGGUGGGAGUGUGUGGAGGGACGGUGGGGGAUAUAGCAGUUGGAGUGGAGGAUGGGCAAGGAGGCUGGGAGGGGAGCCGCAGAGGGGGGGUUGAUGGCGCAUUGGUGGCAGCGGCUAGCAGUGAGAGCAAGGCGGAGGCUUCGUUUGCCAGCUUCUGUGCCAGCUACCCGUCAUGGCGGCCCCAUGCUUCAGCCCAGCGAUUCUCAACGCCCUUUUCUCUGCAGCAGCAGCAGGGGCAGCAGGAGGAGCAGAAACAGCAGCAGCAGCAGCAGCAAGAGGAGGAGGAGGAGAAGCAGUACCAGCAGCAACAACAACAUACCAGGAGCAUGCAUGGUCUGCUUCCCCUACAGGCACACUCUGUACAACCACACUCGCCAAUAGCCCAACUUCACUCCUCAUUAGCAGUCGUAACCGCCACACAACCCCCACCACCUGCUGCCUCAUCCUGCCAACCACCCAUGGACACCCCACUCACACCCACCACGCUUGCCUUCCCAGCCCCCCACCCCCACCGCCACACACAUCACCGUGCUGCCUCCACCCCCUCAAGCCCUCUCCGUGCUCUCUCUUCCCCGCCUCCGCACGCACCGCAAGCUCUUCUUACUCCCGAGACCACUGCAGAUGCUGCCCCUUCGCACUCAACCCCUCAUUGUCACCACCCUGUACAGUCACAGUCAGGUAUAGGAAUCCGACCUGCAGCACAGUGUCAAGCUGCAAGCGGUGCAGAGGGGUCGCAGUGGGUGGUACAACGGGGCAUGCAGCCCACCCGCAGCCUCAGCUGCAGUGACGGUGUGUGGGAGGGGAUAGGGGAGGGGAUGGGGGAGGGGAUGGGGGAGGGGAUGGGGGAGGGGAAGGGGGUUGGCGUGAGGGAGAGGAGUGGCAUGGGGGAGGGGAGUGGUAUGGGUGAUGGUAGCGGCAUGGGUAGCAGCAUGCUGCUAGAGCAGAUGGAUGCUGCCAUGCAUGGGAGCAUGCAUGGAGGCAUGCAUGGGAACAUGCAUGGAGGCAUGCAUGGGCGUUCGUAUGGCGAUAUGCAUGGGGGCAUACAUGAAGGGAUGCAAGCAAGGGGUGGCAUCACAUGGGUGGAUGCGCAAGGAAGGCAGGAGCCCCAGCCAGCAGCACACAGGCAGCAGCAGCAAGAGCAGCAGCAACAGCAGCAGCAAGAGCAGCAGUUGCCUCUGCGCCAUGCGGUGGGGACUGGCUCUCCAAGUGUUGCUACUGGAGUAACGCGCAGCCCAAGUGCGGAUGCAGUGCAUGCAACCCACGCGGGAGGGGUGCUGCAUGCAGUGGCACCUGCGCCUGCUGCUGUGGUUGCUGGGAGAGCGAGAGCAACAGGAGCAGGUGGAGCAGGUGGGGAAGUGAGAGCACGAGGAGCAUCAGGUGCGCAUGUAUCAACAGGUUCAUCAGCAGGUGCAAGGAGAGAACAUCUGUUGCAGAAAGGGGAUUCUCCGCCUCUGCCGUUUGGAGACAUUUUCACAGUUGACUCCGACUGA